UUCUAUUAUUUAUUGCAUGCAUUAUCUCCCUAUUCCCUUCUAUCACUCCUGAUAUAUAUAUAUUUUUUUUAUGUAAAAAGAUAUGUCAGAACACGAAAAUGGACUGCCUGAAAAUCCACAAUGGCAUGAGCUAAAGCUCCCGCAGUUGCUAUUUACUGAUACGGUUCGAGAAAUCCAUGCUACAGUUGAUAAUGAAUGGGACUCCCUCCGACGAUCAGCAUGCCAAACGGCAGCAGGAAGAGCCUUGUGGAAGCAUUUGAUCCACGACCCACUUGCAGAUUUGCUUGCAGGAGAGACUUAUCUAAGAAACACUCAUGAGAAGAUAAAGAAAGACAACCUCAAUAAUGCCAGAGAAAUUUCAGGCGUAAUUCUUGCUGUUCGAACCCUGUGGUUUGAUUCACAAAUUGAAGCUGCUGUCAGUUCUUUCACUGACAAGACCGCCCAGGUUGUUCUCCUCGGUGCAGGAAUGGACACAAGGGCAUAUCGUUUAGGCUGCUUGAAGGAAAGUGACAUCUUUGAAGUAGAUUUUCCAGAAGUCUUGAAAAUGAAAACCACUCUCAUACAAGAAGCGAUAGAUUCCAAAGACGAACAACAGCAGCUAAGGAUGACAGCAAAAUCUCUAACCAGAGUAGCAGCUGACAUCAGAGAAAAUGACUGGCUUGAAAAGCUUCAGAUAUCAGGGUUUAAGCCAGAGAAGAAUACAGUGUGGGUUCUAGAAGGUAUUAUCUACUACCUUACCCAGACCGAUGCCAUGCAAGUGUUGAAGAUCAUAGCUGACAAGUGCACCCUUGUCCACACUGUUUUAUUAGCAGACUUCAUGAAUAAACCGUCAACCACACUAUGCAAUUCUGUCUUCCAUUUCUACAGCGAUUGGCCUGAUCAGCUCCUACCAUCUCUAGGAUUUUCUCAUGUUAAGCUUUCACAAAUUGGUGAUCCAGAUGCUCAUUUUGGGCUCAUGGAUGAUCCAUUAAACCUGUUCAACAAGCUCCGCAGCUUGCCCAGGUCUGUAGAAACCAAUCCAGAUGAUGGAACACCCUGUCGUCGCUUGUAUUUGGUGCAGGCUUCUGGUUCUCCAAUUCAAACAACUCUGUAAGCCAUGUAAUAUAAUGUAGAACCUAGAAAUAAACUCUCAAUUAUAGCAGUAGAUGUAAUAUCAUUGUUUGUAGCUUGUUCUAAGGAACAGAAAAAUGUUUACACAUAACCAUGCCAUAGCACAGCAUUUGAGUUGUGUGAUAAUAUGCUACAUACUAUGCGUUGUUUACUCUUGUCCUAA